GGUUAUCUCCAACACCAUCAUCCGGGGGGCAGCCGACAUCUUCUGCUUCCUGGUGGUGAUGGUCGUGAUCCUCAUGGGCUAUGUGGCCAUGGGCCACACGGUCUUCGGGACUAUCAUGGUGGACUUCUCCACUGUCCAGUACUCGCUCAUCACCUGCUUUCAGAUGUUCCUCGGAACGUUCCGAAACUUCGAGGUCAUGCGGCAAGCCAACAGCAUCGCGUACUUCUUCUACUGGUACACCUACAUGGUUCUUUUCAGGUACGUGUUGGUGAACAUGUUCUUUGCAAUCAUUGCGAAACAUUUUCAAGUUGAGGACAAGGAGACUGAGGAGAAGUUCCGACAG